AUGUGGAGAGUGCUGAAGAAGAUGACAGAGUAUACGAAAAGCGCGGUCAUGCUAGACGGAGAACUGUCUAAAUUAUUCGACAUUGAGCAGGGGGUCCCACAAGGUUGCACGCUGUCCCCAACAUUGUUCCAGGUGUUCAUCAACGAUCUGUUGGAAGUCGUAGAGGCAGUCCGGAAGGGAGUAAAAGUAGGGGACACGGAAACGUCGGUUUCAGGAAUGCUCCGAAUGCUCGACCAAGUUCUCGGCGACCUCCUGAAGGUCGAAGAAGCGGGCGACGACGUCGAGGUUCUCCGGAGAUCUCUGGCGCCGAUCCGGACCCUCCGCAAGGACGCCGGUAUCCUUGCGAGAGCAGCCGCGGAGAGCGGUGCGUCCUCUUCGCUGCUCGAGUCUGCUCGGGCACAGAUCGACGAGACUGUCAGGUCGGGGUACUCGGACUGCUCGUUCGCCUCCGUGGCCACCACGAUCGAGGAAGAGUUUUGCGACGCCGCAGACAAGGAGGGGGACCCGCGGUAGAGACAGCGCUGCUCUAGUACCAGUACUCCUGUGUAUGGUCGAGAUCCAGCUUCCGUGGUAAUACAGCACACCUAGUUAGU